AACUCAGAAUCUUCUCCCUGUAACUCAGCCGAACUCACAUCUCCUGUCAACAUGUCCUACAACUGCUGCUCUGGAAACUUCUCCUCCCGCUCCCUUGGGGGCUACCUGCGCUCUCCCCGCUCCUCCUGUGGCUCUUCCUACCCCAGCAACCUGGUCUGCAGCACUGACCUCCGCUCUCCCAGCACCUGCCAGCUGGGCUCAUCUCUCUACCGUGGCUGUCAGGAAAUCUGCUGUGAGCCCAUCACCUGCCAGACGUCCUGCUACCGCCCAAGGACCUCCAUUCUCUGCAAUCCCUGCCGCUCGACUUACACCACGUCUCUGGGUUCUGGAUCCAGAAGCAGCUGCUCCCUGAGCUAUGGAUCCAGAAGCUGCUACUCCCUGGGCUGUGGUUCUAGGAGCUUCAGACCCCUGCAUUCUGGGGUCUGUGGCGUCCCUUUCCUGCGUUAUGGGUCUGGAUUCUACUGUCCAACCUACUAUGCCUCCAGGAGCUGCCAAUCAUCAUGUUACAGACCAACCUGUGGAUCUGGCUUCUACUGA